AUGGGGAAUACUAAGAUCUUUCUUCUGCUGCUUCUGGCCACCAUUGUUUUGACUAAUGCUCAGGAUGAUGAUGCACCAUGCCUUUUGGCUAAACGAUAUAAAAGCCUUCACAAGUAUGAGUAUAUUUAUGAAACAGAGUCCCUGAAUGCUUUAAAUGGAGCCAUCAAUGGUCCCAGAGCCAGCUGCAAGGUUGAAAUUGAAGUUCCUGGCACAUGCAAUUAUGUUGUGCACACGAAGGAGUGUACACUGAGUGAGGUCAUCAACACUGAUGCAGAUGGAAGCCCAGUGUUUGGGCCAGCUGCUGACACAGAGACUUUUAAGGCAGAAAUGGAGAAAAAUCCAUUAAAGGUCACUGUAGAAGGUGAUGAUGACAUCAAGCUCUUUCCUGAGGAUAAUGAGCUAAUAAACAUCCUGAACAUCAAGAGAGGCAUCAUUUCUGCCCUUGCAGUUCCUGUGCUUGAAGAGGAGAUGAACAAGAGAAUGCCUACAAUUUAUGGUCUGUGCAAGACUGAAAACACUGUGAACAUCAGGCACGACAUUGCCACUGAUAUCACCAUCAGUAGGGACCUGUCCAGAUGUGACCAUUUCAGGCCAACCCAGGACCACACAAGCCCUCUGGCUCUCAUUACAGGCUUGCACUACCCACUUGCACAGCUGAUCAGGAGCAAACAGACAUGCAACUACAAAUUUGACAAUCACCAAAAGCAUAUGACCUCUGGUGCUUGCACAGAGAACCACAUCCUCUUGCCUUUCUCUCACAAGGGUAUCGGAGUUACCAAUAUUGGAAAACAGAAACUAUCUCUGUUGGGAGUGACUGAGUACAAUGAAAGAGUGUUUGAUCACAAUGAGGCCAACAUGAAGCCCCUUCACCUUGAUGCCAGUGUUGAUAUGAGCCCAAUUCAGGACCCAACUGUUGUCUUGGCCAUUUUAAGGGAGCUGGCUGGACUUUCCCAAACCAACAAUGGGCACAAGAGGGCUUACCUGGCUAAUAGGCUGGUAGCUGUGAUCCGCAAGAUGAAUACUAACGCUCUGUCUUUCACAUUGCCAAAGGCCUUGGAGAUCUCCCCAUCACUGACCCUCCAGGCCUUGUUCCAGUGUGGCACCCCAGAAUGCAGCAGUGCAAUUAUGCAAAGCCUGAGGACCACUGGUAGUAUCACUAUGGAAAUUGAUGCUGCAGUUUAUGCCAUGGGAAUGAUUCUCAAACCCUCACGCAUCCUAAUAAAGGAAAUGCUAGACAUGGCCAAGUUCAAGCCAAGCAAACUCAUCUACUAUGCUACCAGCAAUGCUGUGAGGAAGCUCCAUAAGGCAGAAGGAAGAGUCACCCCUGAAAUUGAGGCAGUGGCUAAUUAUUUCCUAGAUGAGAUUGGUGACUGUAAAGGUGACCAGGAGCAGAUCUAUUUGACCCUGAGGGUCAUUGGAAACAUGGCUGCUGCUAUGGGUGCUGCCAGCCCUGCCCUGAUGUCCUCUGUGAUCCAGUGCAUUAACCAUCCCACUACAUCACCUGAAGUUCAGCAGGCUGCCAUCCAGGUCUUCAGACUGACCCCUGUCACUGAAGAGGGCAGAUUGGUGCUCAUGCAGGUUCUCUUGGAUAGAAAAGGCUCUGUGCAGAAGCGUGUUGCUGCUUACCUCAUCCUUAUGAAGGAUCCCCAGCCUGAAGAACUCACUCAGUUGGCUGCAGCACUGCCUAAUGAAGGAAACCUGCAGGCCAAGAACUUUAUUAUAUCUCAUGUCACCAAUAUUCUGAGCUCUACUGCAACAGAGACCAAAGAAGUGAGACAGAAGAUUCUUGAUGCCUUCCAAAGAAAUGAAGUUGGAAAGGUCAUGGAUCCCACCAAGUUUUCUCGCAGCUACAAGAUUGGCUCUCUAGAGGGACACAUGAUUUUUGAGGAAGAAAGCAAACUUCCCAAGGAAGCCAUGCUUGAAAUGACCCUCAGUGCUUUUGGAUAUGACAUUGACAUGUUUGAGGUUGGUAUGGAGGCUAAAGGACUUGAGCCAACUGUCGAGGCCUUGUUUGGUCCUAAUGGUUUCUUUCCUGAUACUGUAAUGAAAACCAUUUACUAUGCUGCUGAUAAAAUGCCUUCUCAAGUUAAUGAGGUUCUAAAGAGCAUGAUCCCAGCCCUAAGGAAUGACAGAAAAAAGAGACAGGUCUCUCAAAAUUUAAUAGAGGAAAUCAUCCAAAAUGUCAACAAACUAACCAAGGACCUGAAAUUUCAAGAUAGCCCUGAAGCCAUGCUUUAUCUGAGGCUGCUGGGUGCUGAGCUUGGCUAUCUUAAGACUCAGGAUAUGGAAGAGAUGGCCUACUCUGUGAUAAAGAUGUUUGAGAACCUCCUUAAGAUGUUCCCCAGUGAUUUCAUCAAGAGUUUGCUCUCAAGUGUUGACAAUGAACUUUUCAUUCAUUACAUCUUCAUGGAUAAUGAAUUCUACCUGCCCACUGGCAUGGGUGUCCCACUGAGAGUUGCUCUGUCUGGCAUCUUUACCCCCGGGAUCAAAGGAGGAUUGAGAAUUCUGCGUGAUAGCGGUGAAAUUGCUUUCAUGCCAUCUGCUGGUGUGGAGUUUGUGACUGAGAUUGGUGCUCACCUCCCAGAUUAUGUUCACUCUGGCCUGGAGGCCCACACCAACAUCUACCAUGAGAGUGGUCUAAGAGCUAAGGUUUCUAUGACCCACAGUCAGAUCAAGCUGACCAUCCCUGCUAUUGACAGCCCAUCUAAGAUCAUCAGUGUUACCAACUCCCUGGUGUCUGUUGCUGGUGCUCAAAUGAAAACAAUUCCUGCCAUGGGGGAGUCUGUUGAUGUGGAAAAAUGCACUCUUCUCAUCCCGGGUCUGAAAUGCUGUAGUAUCCUUGUAUACUCAGAUGCCAGGUUAAAUGAUGCCUCCCCAUAUUUCCCCCUCACAGGUGAUAGCAAAAUGGCCAUUGAACUACACCCUGCUGGUGAGAUCUCUGAGUAUACUGCCACUAUUAAGUAUGCACACAAGAAGAAGGUUGACAAAGUAACAAUUGAUGUGAAAGCUGAGGGAACACCCUUUGGGGCCUCAGCUAGCAUGAUGUUCAACAGAAAGAAUUAUAUUGUCUCUGCUGGUAUUGAGAUCCCUGACUAUGACAUUGAGGCUGGAGUUAGAAUUGGUGAUGUUAACCUGAACACUAAGGACAAAGACAAACAUUCCAUACAGAUUGACCUUCUAAACAAAAAUAUCAUCCAGGCAUCACUGAUUGGCCAGGCAAAGAUUGAGGCACUGAAAGAUGCUAUGCUGCAGGUACAGCUUCUUGUCCCUUCUCUUCAGACUGAUGCAAAAGUGACUGCCAGUCUUAAUUGUGCAGAGGAUUUGAGAGUGGAGCUUAAGAGUGACUUCAGAUUCCUUGAGACCUCUUCUGUGCAGAAACUCACUCUGGAAUAUGAUGAUGAGAAAAUCAAAGCAGAGAUCAAGUCAGAUGUGAAUUGUGAAACUCAGAACAUCACUCCCAGACUUGAUGCAAUGAAAGCACAGCUAAGUGACCUCCUUGAUCAGCAUAUUGGCCAGGCAAAAACGAACAUCCGUGAUGUGUGGACCUCAACAAUUGAGGUUACAAAUACCUAUCUUGAAGCUUGUAGGAUCCCAUUUCUGGAAAACAUAAGAGUCCCUGCCUUGACAGAAAUUAAUCUCCCUGAGAGGCUAUUCUUGAAUAUUGAAGCUGGUGCCAAGUACCACUUUGGUGAUCGAUACGACACCAUUAUCUUCUCUGUACCUUUUGGUGGUAAAUCUUCUAGAGAUCUGAACUUCCCUCCCGCUCUCACCACACCAAAACUGGCUGUGCCUCAGCUUGGUCUAGAAGUUGCCUCCAUUAAAAUUCCUAUUCCUGAGAUAUUUGUCCCUGAGACAUUGACUGUAUCUCUCCCCCUUUUUGGAAUGGCAAUAUUGACAGGUAAGCUUAGUAGCAACCUCUAUAACUUGGAAGCAAUUGCGUCUGCUCUCAGCGAACCUGCUCAGCACCAAAAAUAUUCUGCCAAGGUUGAAGUAACUGGAACAAGCCCUAUGGAUCUCCUCUCUCUUAGAAUUAAAGGAUUUGGCCUGCUUACUGGAACCUCACAUGAUACUCUAAAGGCAGAGAUAAGCAGCGCAGUCAACCACAAGUUCAUUGAUGCAACACUCAGCAUCACUGAGGAAAUUGCAAUGGUGGAGAAGAUCAGUAUAAAAUCAAGCAGUAAAAUUGAAGUCGCCAGUCUCUAUGAUGCAAAGUUCUCUAUGGAGCAUACAGGCCAAGUGGGAGUCAAUACAAAAGAAAUCUCUGGGGAUUACAACUUGAAGGGAUCCUUUGUGAGUGGCCCUAUUUAUGGUGAUGCAACCCUCACACAGUCACUUAUUUUACUCCCAUUCAAGCCAGAGGCAAGGAUUCAUUCUUCAGUAAAUGUAGAUUCAACACCUUUCCAGGCUAAGAAUACCUUUAUAGCAACCUUCGCUAAUGGAGAGCUGUCAGUUCAAUCAAACACAGCUGCAUUUGAGGAUAGAUUCAUGCACAUUGCUGAAAUCACAUUCAUGGAAUCCAAGUUUGCUGCAAAAUCAAAUACUAAGGCAUUUGCUCUGGGCUGGCAGGUACAAAAUAUUGCUGAAUUCGGUGUUGGUAGAGAUGUCAACAUCAAAAUUGAGACCAAAACCAGCCUUUCAAACAUUCCCCCACUGCAUGAAAAUUUCAUCAAUUCCCUGAUUAUUGCAACUGUGGAUGGUAAUGGUUUAGUUGUAAAGAGUAAUGCUUCUGGCAAGAUAGCUGAUUACAAAGCUAACCAUAAAGCCAGCCUCACUUUGAACAGAAAUGGUCUGACUACCAAUGGUAUUACCUCACUGAACAGCCGAUUGACUCUGAAGAACACUUUCACUGGUAACCUUGAUUCUUCUAAGGCUUCUCUAUCAGUUGAGACAGAGGGGAAAUUUGCUGGUGUCCAUUUUGGUAAUGCCAACUCUUUGUCUGCCUCUAUGUCCUCUGUGGCUUUAACUUCUAAGUCUGAUGUCACUUUUGCCCAGGAUUUGUGGUACCGAUAUGAUAUCGCUGUUCAGGCAGAGCCUUACUCUGCUACUGUGAUCAUCAACAACGACCUGAAGAUUCUUCCUAUCAGAGUAAACAGUGAAGCUGUGUUUAAAGUAGGACCUUACAAAGUUGAUCUGAUGGGUAAUCUGAAGCUUGGCUCUGGUACAGAGGAAUUGAAACACACCUAUGAGAUCAGGUAUGCAGAGUUGACAGCAACCGCUAAGUGCAGUACCACUGGAAAACUCUUGGGAGCUCAUAUGAGCCACAACACUGAAAUGGAGAUUUCUGGACUCAGUGCCAGGAUCAACAACAAUGCUCGCUUUAAUUCCCAACCUGUCCGAUUCAGCACCACCCUCCAAGCUACAGCUGUUCCAUUUAGCUUCAACAUUCAUGCCCUUGCAAAUGGUGAUGGAGAGCUGUACUUGUAUGGAAAGCAGAGUGCUCAGGUCUAUACUAAGGUCCUUUUGAAGGCAGAGCCACUUGCCCUUGCACAUUCUCAUGAAUGCAGGGUCUCAACCACACAUGAGCUGAACGGUGGUGUCAAUAUUGAGACUAACUUUGACAAUAAGGUUGACACUCUGCUGACACCUUCUGAACAAUCAACCAUAGUAAAAGUGAAUUCUAAGAUAAACAGCCUUGUGAUCGAUCAAGAACUCAGUGCUUAUAACAAUCAAGAGAGGAUUGGACUGGAAGUGUCUGCUGCUAAUGAAAAUAAAGAAUAUUCUUUAUCCGCUUUUGUGAAGUAUGAUAAGAAUGCAAACAACCAUAUCAUCAACUUGCCAUUUAUUGAGGGUGUGCCUGUGGUCCUGGAUAGCAUCAGAAUAACAUUAGUAAAUAUGGCUGAGGCCUUGCACAAUUACAUAAAGAGAGAAGACGUCAUCAUUGAGAUUCAGACCCUUCUACAGCACUUCAGUCACUUUGUGACUGACCUGAAUUUUGAGGAACGCACUGUCAAAAUUAAACAGGACCUGAUUACAUUCAUUCAGGACUGUGGUAUCACAGUUGAGGAUCUUGAGGCCUCUAUGAUGAAACUGAAGACUGUAGUCCAGAAUAUUAUGGCUGACUUAGGUACUCAUGCUAUUGAAUUGGAGGGAAUUGUGAAGGAAAUGAUUGAGAGUGGAACCCUGUCUGACACAGCGGUCCAGAAGCUAACCAAAGAGCUUACUGCCCUCAAUGAGAAAUAUAACAUCAUUGGUAUACUCAUUUCUGUCAUCGAAGCGAUUGAGGAUGUGAUCAAUCUGAUUGCUAAUUUUCCCACUGAGGAGAUUAGCAAGGUGGUGGAUACACUAAAAGAGUUGAUUACUGAAUUGGAUGUCCUUGAGAAGUGUAAGAUUAUCUGUAGCAAUGUGAGAGAAUUUCUUCUAAAAUAUAAGGUUGAUAAAAGAAUUAAAGCAUUUCUGGAUAAGACUGUGGAUCUAAUCAAGAUGUUCAAGAUUAAUGAAACAGUUCGAAUCCUUGCUAACACCCUGAAAUCCAUUCAGACCCCUUUCACACAUAUGAUGGAUGAUGCCAUCAGCUAUUUGAAGAAAAAUGAAGUAAAGCAAAUGCUUGAAGAUCUGAAUGAGAACCUUGAUGUUUUCAUAAAAAGGAUGAGGUCAUUCAAUUACAACUUAUUUGUGGAUGAAGCCAAUCAAAAAAUCAUUGAAUACACAACUGGAAUUAACAAGCUUAUUAUGUCACUUGAGCUCCCUCAAAAGCUUGAGGCGUUGAGAGAAUUCAUUAACUAUGCCUUGAUGUCUGUAUUUGCUUUAUUAGAAGAGCUGAGCGCAGUCAAAGUCACAGAUGUCAUAAGUCUAUUGAAAAACAUCAUUGAUAACGUUAUCCUUGAUGACAUUAAAGAAUUUGCUAAAACUAUAAAGCAGAAAGUUACUGAUAUGGACCUCAGAGAAGACAUUCUCCAGGCUUUGCAGUAUGUGAGUGAUAUGUAUACCAAGGGCCUCAGUGUUCUCACUGAUGCAUUGAAUGAUAUUGUUGAGGUUGCCAAGAAAGUCCUUGGUGAUCAACUAAUUUUCACAGAGCUGAAACAAAUCUUUGAGGGAGUUGUCAAUGGCCUGAAAACAGCGGAACUUGAGCUUCCUUCUUUUACUGUCCCACUCACUGACCUUGCCAUUCCCUCUACAAAAUUCAGUUUGCACCAACUGCAGGAAGCUGGAUUCCCAAAACAACUCGACUUCCCACGGUUCACUAUUCUGGGAUUUCACACUGUUCCAUCAGUUACCAUCACAUGUGCCGAUAUCAAGCAGAGAGUUAUAGAUUUAAUUAACUUCAUUAUUAACUUUGAAAUUGAAAUGUUCUAUAAUAAUGCUUACAUUGGAGAACUCAGAAUAUACUACUUGCCAAACCUUUCUGCCAUUACUCUGCCAAAGAUAACUUUUCCAGAGAUUUCCUUCCCUUCUAUCCCCAAAUUAAGUGGUAAGCAUUUCCUUGACGUUCCUCUUCAGAUUCCUGAGAUCAAGCUGCCUAAAAUCCCCAAUGCAAUUGUGGUGCCUGCCUUUGGAAAGUUCUACAGUGUAAUCAACCUUCAUUGCCCCUUUUACACCCUCAAGAUCACUACUGAAAUUCAGAAUUCAACUGAAAAUGAACAAAUGCACCAUUUUACAGCAUUUAUUACCUCUGUUGGUAAAUCUCCUAGCUUUGAUAUUCUCAGCUAUAAUCUAGAUUCCACUGCCCAUAUUGGUAUCCCGAAAAUGAGCCGUGUGGUUAUUGCAGAGACCUUAAAGUUUGUACAUAGUACCCUGACUGUUGAACACCAAGCAUCAGUAUCCUUCUAUGGCCUCGCUGCUCAGGCUACUGCCCAGACAACUGUGAAGGCAGUUACUACACCAUACAAGGCAGACAUUGUUAACAAAGCUUUUUUUGCUGUAGAAUAUGGAAUGUCAGCAUCUCUUGAUACAUCUUACAAGCACCAAGUGGACAUUCCCUUCCUUUCACUGACCAGCGAGGCUGCUCUGACACAGUCAGCAGUUACUUCACAGAAAGGUACCAGUAUCAAACUAACUGUUGCAAAUGUAGGCACUGGCAAAUACACUAUUCUUGACUACUCUGAUGAAGGCACCCACAAGAGUGAACUAAACUUUGCUAUGGAUUUAAAAAAUGUAAAACUCACCUUUACCACUAAUACAGAUAGUGCCACACUGAAAUUUAAGGAGACACUGAAGGUUGAAUCCACUGAACUGAGCUACAUUAACUUCCAUGGCCAAAUUGAGACUAAAGCUCCAUUCAUUAUGAACAGCCUCGUGGUUGCAUCUGGAAAUGCUCAACUUCGAGAUAUGAAGGUGGAGGUUCAUGCAAACCACAGCACAGAACUUAAUGGACUUGUAAGUGGUACCCUUUCCAAUUCUAUUAACAUCAUGGCAUGUCCUACUCAGAUCACUGCUCAUUUCAAGAACAAAGGUAAUGGCAAAAUCAGUCUUCAAGAAUCCUUCUCUGCCAAGAUUGAUCUUCAGAAUGACUAUGAUGUUAUUAUCAACACCAAAAAGCAACACAUCAACAGCAUGGCAGAUGUGCACUUCAACCAGCACAAAUAUAGCUAUAACUUCACAGUUGACAACAACAAAACUGAGACAGGUAUUUAUGCUGUGGUAAAAGGAGAGACUGACCUUAAAUUCCUGACUUUUCCUAUCAGCAUUCCAGAAAUGGUGUUACCAGUAUUCAAUUUUAAGAUCCCAGCCAUCAAUGAGUUCAACUUGUAUGAAUCUACUCACCUUAAGAACCUUUUGACUACUACCAAACAAAGCAUUGAAAUGAGUGCAAAAACUGUGUACCAAAAAAGCAAGUUUGCACCAAUUGACAAUCUUGGCAUUAUUAGUGUUCCUGCUUUUGGUAACCUAUUUUCUGAAUUUUCUUUUAAAUCCGCAAUUUUUAACCUAAAUGCCAAUUCAAGAAUAAAUGGAGAUGAUGACCUUGUCAUCUACAUCGCUGCCACGUCCGCCUCCAUCCUUCAAGCACUGAACGGCAAGCUUGAAGGGACCAGCAGUCUAACAUCAAAAAGAGGACUGAAAUUGGCUACUGCUUUAUCUUUGGAAAAUGCUCACAUUCAGGGAAUCCAUGAAAGCUCUAUAAUUCUGAACACAGAUAACCUGGAGGCUGCAGUAGCUGUGACCACAGUUGCAAAGCUGAACCUGCCCAUCCUCACCUUUGAUGUUAACUACAAGAUGCUUGCAAACACCAAGGUACAACCAAAUGCUGCAUCCACACUGACAGUCAAACACACAUUUGACCUUCCUUUUAUCAAAACUGCUGGAAGUGGCAAUGUUGAACAAACCUUGAAGCUUGCUGGAGCUAUUUCCUUUAUUGCUGUUGAGUCUACCACAAAGGCUAAAAUUGAUGGAACACUUUUAGGAACUGGCACUAUGAAGGGAGGUCUGGAUAAUGAUGCAACUAUCUACAUGAAUGGUGAAAGGUGGCGUUCCAAAGUGAAGACUGUUGGUAAUAUAAACGUUAAUCAUGGAGAUCUCAAACUACAGUUUGGUGUUGAUGAAAAUCUGGACUUCGAGGCAGCCCUUUACCAUGUGUACAAUGUUCUCAGUAUUGUUUCCAACAAUGAAGUUAACAUUGCAUCCUUUUACACAAAGGGUACACAUGUUACCAAAGCCACAAUUGAUUUGGAUCUAAUGGGUUCCUUGGCUGCUGAUGUGGAAUUUGACCUGUCUCAGCCAAGCUCUCUUGGUGAACUCAUUAUGUAUGAGAAGACAGUUGUUGAUUUGAGAUUCUCCAAGCAGAAGAUUUCCUACCUCACAAAAAUAGUCUCUCCAGUGCACACCACAAAUAUUGCUGUAAAUGCAAAUGGCAAUGCACCAGUCUAUAAAAUUGAUUUCACAUCCUCAGCUAAAUCUCCAUUUCUGCUCCUGGAUUAUGAUCUGGACAGUUAUAUCAGUACUGAAAUGGAGAAAGAAGGACUCAAAACAAUAACCAAGGCUUUCCUUGAACAUGAUGAUUUUACAUUGGACUUUAUUAGUAUUAUUGCCUUAAGUGAUCCUAGCCACACACUGAAUGUGAACAUCACCAGCCCAACUUUCACUGACAUGAACCUUCGAUAUUCUGCUCGCAAAGAUGGAAUCAGUGCUUCAGUUUCCACCCCAUCUACAGGCUUUCUUGGUUUUCAGCUUCAGGGCAAUGUUUCAUCUGAGUUAAAUGCACGUCUCUAUGGCCGUUAUGUGUCUAUGCCUGAAAAUGAUGUAGACAUUCUAAUCAUAAGGCUUGUUACAAUGGAAGAUGAAAAAAUAUUUCACACAGAUUUCAGGGAGGAAGCACCCAGUGAGUUGAUCCGGGGCUUGCAGGCGAGGAUUCCUGCCAUCACUUCUGCCAUUACUAAUUUUGCUGAAAAAUAUGGCAUUGUGAGUGUCAUCAAAAGACUGAGGACAGCCAUUGUCCAUGGCAUUACUGAAGCUUACACUGCUGCUUCCAGCCAUUCUCUUAAUCUUAGCCAGUUGUCUAUCCUCUACAGAAAUAUAAUUGUUCAGUACCAGAAGGCCAUUCAAAGUCUACUUAAUGCUGUAGUCAAAUUCCUGAGGGAAACCCAGAUCAUACUGCCUGGGAUGGAUGAAACCACUUUGCCUGAGAUAUGCCAGAAAGUCAUAAUGAAUGCUGCCAUAGUGAUGGAACAGAUUGUGAAGGCCAUCACUGACAACCUGGAUGCUUACCUCAAUUCCAUUUCUGAAACCAUUGAUACUGUCCAAGUUCACCUGCCUUAUGGUGAGGUCAUAACUGGAGAGCAGAUUUUUGAUUAUGUGAAGAGAACCUUGAAGAAUGCUCUGACCCACACUGUGAACAUUCUAAAGCAUAUGGAGAGCCUUGAUGUUGUUCUUGAGAGACUGAGCCACACCCUCCAGCAGGCUGUUCAGAAAGCACAGGAUUUUGUUGAUACCAUUGAAUCUGAUAUUAUCGAUGCUGCUGUUGUGUACAUCAAUAUAUAUUACAUUAAUAUUGUCAUCAUGAUCAAGAACUGGAUUAAGAAAAUUGAUGCUGUGCUGACCAUUGAUGAGUUGAAUGCAACUGCAGAGUUCUUAUUGGAUCUUAUCCAUGGUUAA